GAGCACUUUACCUUGGAUUUGCCUAUGACGAAUUUUAUGCAAAGGAAAGAGAUCACUCUCAUGCAAAGCUUAGCUGGAUCACUUUUAUUUACCAUAUGGUCACGUUACCUUGGGACUCUUCCGGGUUCUGUUUUAUGCCAUGAUAUUGACUUCCGACGUCACAAAAGCACCUUGACAACAGGUUCCUUGCGUGACUUUCCGCAAGCUACGACCUACCUACAAACUUGCACCAUCCGACAACUUUGUCUUUCUGGCUUCGUACAAAGUCAAAAUCUUAUUUCCCAUCGACCACACAACCAUUUGGCAAGAUGGAUCGAUCGCAAGGCGCUGCUUUCUCGAAGAAGGGAUCGGAAUAUCGAUCUCAGUAUGCUACUUUGACUACUACCCCUACUCCUCCUCCUCGAGCAUCCCAGGAAUCGGAAUAUCGAUCUCCGUACGCUCCAGUCACUCCUCCUCCCCCUCCUCGAAGAUCCCGUACAGAGUCAUUAUCGUCGUCCUCCGGAACCUCUGAUUCAUCCUACUCUACCUGUAAUACUCCAAAGUCGCUCUCUUCGGACAUCUUUCGACCACGUACUGACUCUCCCGAUUCCUUCGUCCACACGAGACAUGCGCGUCUUACCGCUCCUGUCUACAACUACCUGGCCAUAAUUCUCCUCAACCAUCUCCUACGAUCAAUUAGUACCACUCCCUCCGUCUCCCUCGAAGGUCUCUUUAGCCAAGAGAAGCAGGACUACCAGUUAUAUCAUGUUGCUCUCCAUCCUUUCGCAGGUGAGAUCAGCACCGUUGGAUUUCCAUAUCAACAGGUCAAAGAAUUAGAUCAUCUCGAGAUCGAGAUCCUGUCCAAUAAGCGUCUUGAAGAUGGCUAUAUGGUUUUCAGCAUCGAGGCUAGGAUUAGCGCUUGCGAUGAAAAUGGUGCACCAACUGUCAUCGGACAGGGCAAUGGAGAUCCAAAAGUCGGUGUUGUCAUGGAGCAAAGAAAUGGGGAGGACAAGCUUGUUGGUGUGUCUGUUGGAGGAGAGAUCAAGGUCAAGCUCGAAGCCCACGAAUUUCAAGCCAAGGAGAAUAACAAGGACAUGUUCGAGGACGUUGCAAUGGGAGGUACGAUCAAACAGGAGGGUUCUGAGCUGGAUGGAUUGGAGCAGAGAGAGUUCGGAAUGGAAGUGGAAUACCAGACGGUGCAAAACAACGGAGAUGGUAGUCCUGUCCAGCCGAAGAGUAGCACACCUCUGAACAGCAAGCAGCAGGACUCUUACAUGGUCGGCGGCCCUAUCCAACCGUACACAAGCGGUAUUGCUUUGAGCAGCAGUCAACACGACUUCAACAUGGUUGGUAGCCCUGUCCGCCGAGAGAGCAGUAGCACGCCUUCGAACACCAGUCAGAAAAAGCUCAAUCGGAGCGGAACUAUCAAGUUGGAAACUCAUCAGCUGACUGGGGAAGUUAUUGUGGUUGAUGGUAAGCCACGAAAAAAGAUCACCGUCAACCAAACUGCGGUCCAGAACAAGAAUGACUUCAGCGAUGAUGUUUUUCUGAUUGAUGUCAAGCCACGGAAGAAUAUCACCGCCGAAAAGACUGCCGUUCAGAAGUGGAAUGAAUUAAAAUGGGUUACUGCUCUGAAGUGGCUCCGCAUGAUCUCGAAGCGAACCUUCAAUGCAUACGGCGAGGCCCGAAGUGAGGAGGGAAUUCGAGAGCUUGAGAAAAGAAUGCCUGAGUUGGCUAUUCUUGACGACGCAGAUGCGCUUUUCAAAGUCCUUCUGCCGUUCGGUUUUGCGUAUGAAGGCUAAUUCAUGAUUGCGUUUGGCAAACGUCCAGGGUAGUAGGUGGUGGGAAGUGGUUGUGGUGGUCGCGGCAACUCCUCGAGGACUUUUAUUUUGCUCGGCAGUAUAGAAUAGUCUAC